GGCCGCUUCGCCUCCCGUCCUGUUUGGCUCGAGCCGCGCGCCGUCGAGCCUCUGUGCGUUGCCAUAGAGACCUGUGAGCACUGAGGGCUCGCGGCCCAGACUCCAGGCUGCGGGGGAUUAAGAGCACCAUGUCUUUCCGCGAACUCCGCAAUUUUACAGAGAUGAUGAGAGCCUUGGGAUACCCUCGCCACAUCUCGAUGGAAAACUUCCGCACACCAAAUUUUGGACUUGUGUCUGAAGUGCUGCUUUGGCUUGUGAAACGGUAUGAACCUCAGACCGAUAUCCCUUCUGAUGUUGAGACUGAACAAGACCGAGUUUUCUUCAUUAAAGCAAUUGCCCAGUUUCUGGCCACCAAGGCACAUAUAAAACUCAAUACCAAGAAGCUUUAUCAGGCAGAUGGGUAUGCAGUGAAAGAGCUUUUGAAGAUCACCUCUGUCCUUUAUAACGCCAUGAAGACCAAAGGGAUGGAGGGCUCUAAGAUAGGGGAGGAGGACAUCAGCAAAUUCAAGUUUGAUCUUGGCUCAAAGAUUGCAGAUUUGAAGGCAGCCAGGCAGCUUGCUUCUGAAAUCACCUCCAGAGGAGCGUCCCUGUAUGACCUGCUGGGCAAGGAGGUAGAAUUGAGGGAAUUGAGAACAGAAGCUAUUGCCAGGCCUCUGGAAAUAAACGAGACUGAAAAAGUGAUGAGAAUUGCAAUAAAAGAUAUUUUGGCGCAGGUGCAGAAGACUAAAGAUCUGCUCAACAACGUGGCCUCUGACGAAGCUAACCUAGAAGCCAAGAUCGAGAAGAGGAAGUUAGAACUGGAACGAAAUCGGAAGCGGCUUCAGACUCUGCAGAGUGUCAGGCCAGCGUUUAUGGAUGAAUAUGAGAAGAUCGAGGAGGAGUUGCAAAAGCAGUACGACAUUUAUCUAGAGAAAUUUCGAAAUCUGGCUUAUCUGGAACAGCAGCUUGAAGACCAUCACAGGAUGGAGCAAGAGAGGUUUGAGGAAGCCGAGAACACUCUGCGCCUGAUGCAGAACAAGCUGAAGGAGGAGGAGAAGCGUCUGCUCCGCAGCGGAAGUCAGCCAGGAGAGCCUGAAGCAGCCCUAAGUGAUAAGCCUGCGUGGAGUUUAUCCCCUCCCGAGAGGCCCAGCACAGGUAAUGAUGACUCGGACAUUGACAUCCAGGAAGAUGACGAAUCUGACAGUGAACUGGAGGAGCGGCGACUGUCUAAGCCACGGACGGCCAUGGAGGUGCUCAUGCAAGGAAGACCUGGCAAACGCAUCGUGGGCACAAUGCAGGGCGGAGACUCCGAUGAUGACGAGGACUCCGAGGACAGUGAGAUUGACAUGGAGGGGGAUGAAGAUGACGAUUUGGAAGAAGAGAGUGUUGCUCUCUCGCCAGCUAAGCCCGCUCGAAGGGUCCGGAAGCCUGAGCCCCUGGAUGAGAGCGACAAUGACUUCUGACCCCUUUGCCCAAAGGACCACACUGAUUAAAUCCCUCAGAUCUAUAGGUAAAAGGGAAGUUGGAAGGUUAGAAAGGAAACCUAUUUUGUUCACUAAACCAGCUGGACUCGUUGUUAAUGAACACCACCUAUUUGCUCUGUAGCCUCCCCUGUGUUACCCCGCAGAGCUUCAGCGAGAACUGAAGCAAGUCCCAGAUGGGAUGUGGGUUUAGUCUUACUUGUCUCCUGAAACGUGGGAAAUGCAAGUGUUCUUAGAGAUGCACCUGUUCGGGACAGACACCCCAGGAGAAGGGAUGGCGGCAUCAGGUCUCGGCUAUCGUUGUGAUGUGUUUUCCUGUCACAGGCGGGGGAACGGACAUGGGGCUGGGCUCCAGGACUGUUCAGGAAUUGUGAGGAAGUGUCCAAGUCCUCCUCACCGGUACAGUUUGGAACACUUACUGUACAUCGGCUUUUAACUCUAGCUUUUGUUUUGUCAUCCUAUUUUCUUGCUUCUGUACAUUCACAAUACCCAGCUUUAAAUGUAUUUUGCUAAAAUGUUCCGAAUGAACGUUAGCUAAGUUAGAUGAAAACCCACUGUCCUUAAAGAUCAGGUAACAGAGAUACGCUGCAGAAUGUAAAUGCUCCAUUUUCUCUCAGAAGGUUGGCAUUCCUCCUCAGGAAAGCAAAUAAAGAAGUGUUGGUACACA